AUGUUUUCACUCUUAGUCGACAAGAAGAAGACAAUGGUGAAGAUAAAUGAGAGUUUAGCAUUGAAAAUCGUAGUUACGUUGAGCGCAUUUGUUCCAAUAUUCGUUGGAUUCAAAGGAAUGUUUUUGGGUCCAAGUGGUAUAACUCUCAAACCGAAUUUAGUAUUCAAGUCCGAGAACUAUUCAAUCGAAGUUGACAGUCAUUUUCGUUACAUAUCUGGAUAUCUUUUCGCAAUGGGAAUAUUUUUGCUACGGAGUAUUCCAAAUAUUCAUCGGGACGCAACGGAAUUACAUCGUGCUUGUAUCAUUGUAUUUAUCGGUGGCUUAGGCCGUUUAUGGGGUUUGUUUGCGGUGGGUUUAGAAACAGGUGCGGUUCUAGCUACUAUUGUUGAAUUAGUUUUCUUUCCCAUGAUUUGUUACUGGCAAAAACAAAUACAGAAUCGCACUCGAUCACGUAUUGAAUAA